GUAAGGAAAACAUUUCUAAAAUACGUCAAUGGACGCAUUUUCCUUCAAGUUGACUCAGAUAAGCCACAAAGUGACAAUAUAGGGGAGGAGGGUUGGUAUGAAUUUUUUCGCUGACACUGUCUCCAAGGGGGGCCCUUAAAAAAUAAUUAAACUAUGAUCUUGAAAUGCAUGUGCGAGCACAUUAGCUGAUAGCAAGUGUCGGGCCCGUUUAAAGGCGCAUAUGAUUUGAGAUCAAUGCCGAAGUGGGAUGCGUGAUUUGAAGACUAGACGGACAUAAUGCGGUCAUUGAAUCUUCACUAAAUCUUCGCUGUGAUCAAAGCCAAACGUGAGAACGAAAUGAAGUGUUUAUUCGGCAUAUUUGGCAUGAAUCAAGGGGGGUAUCAAAUUCCGCCCGGCAUGCGGUUGUGGAACCUUCCGCUCCGAAUCGAUCCGCUCUAUCGCCGAGAUUGCAUUCCCAGCUCAACUGAUAAGUACGAGUAUAUCAGCUGCCCGCCUUAUACGUAUCGCCCGACGAUGAUGAUGGUGAUGAUCGGAGGUUUAAUUAGGCGCGGCUGUAACAUGAACAUUCAUAAUUCCGCUGGCAUUCAAUCAAUGCAGACGUGAACAAUUCCAGUGAUCAAGUGAUCGACUUAACUAGCGAUCUCGUGCAAAGUGUACAGUGUCUCAAUCCCACUCAAUACAAUUCCCACAAAAGGGGCCAAACAAGAAAAUCGAUACUCAAAACAUAUACGUAAUUAAAAUCCAAGCAAACCAUGGAGCAAAGUGGUUCGGAAAAUUGCUGUUCCAAGCUCAGCAAUGAUGAGUUGUGCUGCCAGAAAGCAAAGGAUGGCGUAUUAAAGGAUGCAUCGCCAAAAAUAUUUCCCGACAAAAUCUAUAAGUCGGUUCAGCCAAAAGGAGUUGAUGCCACGGGAAUGACCUGUGAGUGUGGAGUUUUUGGAGCCAUCGCAUGCGGAGAUUAUCCAACACAGCUGGACAUUGCCCAGAUGAUCUGCUUGGGACUGGUGGCGCUGCAGCAUCGAGGACAGGAGUCCGCGGGAAUCGUGACCAGCCUGGGCAAGAGCUCCAAGAACUUCAGCGUGCACAAGGGCAUGGGAAUGAUCAACAACCUGUUUAAUGACGAAGCCAUCAGGAAGUUGAAGGGCAACCUGGGCAUAGGUCACACUCGCUAUUCCACCUCAGCAGCCUCGGAAGUUGUGAACUGUCAGCCGUUUGUGGUACACACUGCCCAUGGAGCUCUGGCCAUUGCCCACAAUGGAGAGCUGGUGAACUGUGAGUCCUUGAGGAGGGAGGUCCUGGAGCGAGGAGUGGGCCUGUCCACGCACAGUGACAGUGAGCUGAUUGCCCAAUCCCUGUGCUGUGCUCCCGAGGAUGUCUCCGAGCACGAUGGACCCAAUUGGCCGGCCAGGAUUCGCCACUUUAUGACCCUCGCUCCGCUUUCCUAUUCCCUGGUGGUGAUGCACAAGGACAAGAUCUAUGCUGUCCGCGAUUCGUACGGAAACAGGCCUCUUUGCUUGGGCAAAAUAGUUCCUGUGGACGCGGGACACGCGAAUAUCAAUGAACAACUGGCCGAAGGUUGGGUGGUCAGUAGCGAGAGCUGUGGCUUCCUGUCCAUCGGAGCCAGAUAUGUCCGUGAAGUGGAGCCCGGCGAGAUCAUCGAGCUGUCGAGGAAUGGCUACAGAACCGUGGAUAUCGUCGAGCGACCGGACUACAAGCGCAUGGCAUUCUGCAUCUUUGAGUAUGUGUACUUCGCCCGCAGCGACUCCAUGUUCGAGGGUCAGAUGGUGUACUCCGCCCGUCUGCAAUGUGGUCGCCAACUGGCCAGGGAAUCCCCCCUGGAUGCGGACUUGGUCAGCUCUGUUCCGGAAUCGGGCACGGCUGCUGCUCAUGGCUAUGCCAGGGAAUCGGGCUUGCCCUUCGGUGAGGUUCUCUGCAAGAAUCGCUAUGUGGGCCGCACCUUCAUCCAACCUUCGAACAGAUUGCGCCAGUUGGGAGUGGCGAAGAAAUUUGGAGCCUUGGCUCAAAACGUUGAGGGCAAGAGGAUCGUACUGGUCGAUGAUUCCAUAGUGAGGGGCAAUACCAUUGGACCGAUCAUCAAACUCCUGCGAGAUGCUGGAGCCAUCGAGGUGCACAUCAGGAUCGCCAGUCCGCCGCUGCAAUAUCCCUGUUAUAUGGGCAUCAAUAUUCCCACUCGUGAGGAGCUAAUAGCCAACAAAUUGAACGCGGAUCAGCUGGCGGAUCAUGUGGGGGCGGACAGUCUGGCCUAUUUGAGUGUGGAGGGACUGGUGAAGGCCGUCCAGAUGAACAAGGCCCAUGUGAAUCCGCUGAAGGCUGGCUACUGCACCGCCUGUCUAACGGGCGAGUAUCCUGGCGGAUUGCCCGAGGAACUCAGCUGGUAGGAUCUCAGCAUUUUUUAAUCUUUUAGAUAUAAUGUAGUUGUUAGCUCCAGUGUGUACAUAAAUAUAUAUUGUUUACCUUGGGGUCUUUGACCCAACACAAAAA